AUGGAAUCAGACACACCAUUCCAAGAAAACUGCAAAACCCUUUUCUCAAAUUUCAUUGAAGAACAAAACCCAGAAAACCCUUUCACUGCCUAUGAUGAAUAUGAGCUACUAUUAGUUGAUCUCAGUCGUUCAGGUCUCAGUGACCAUGACAGAAAAGAGUGUGAGAGAGACCUUGCUAUGGCCGCAAAACAGUGUGGGCUCUUUCAGGUUGUGAAUCAUGGUGUUUCUUGGGAGAUCUUGGCAAAGUUGAAGAGUGAGCAAGAGAAGCUUUUUCGACAACCGUUUGAGAAGAAAGUUAACAAGUUUUUGAACUGUUACCGGUGGGGGAGUCCAGCGGCAACUUCUUUGAUGCAGUUUUCGUGGUCGGAAGCUUUUCAUAUACCUCUGGAAAACAUUCCGGUCUUGAAGGGAUUCAACAGUUCUCUUAGCACAACAAUUGCAGUAUUUGCAGAAGUGGCUUCUGAGCUAGCAAAAAGAAUAGCUGAAAUAUUGGCAGAGAAUCUUGGCAGCAAAACCACUUUCUUUGCAAAAAAUUGCAUGGCAAGUUCAUGUUAUCUGAGAAUGAAUAGAUAUCCACGAUGCCCAAUAUCUUCUGAGAUCUAUGGGUUAGUUCCACAUACUGAUAGUGACUUCCUCACAAUAUUGUGCCAAGACCAGGUUGGAGGUUUGCAAAUGGUGAAAGAUGGAAAAUGGGUUAGCAUUAAACCUAAUCCACAGGCUUUGAUUGUCAUCAUUGGUGACUUAUUUCAGGCAUGGAGCAAUGGUGUUUACAAGAGCAUCGAGCACCGGGUUAUCAGCAAUCAUGAGGGGGAAAGGUUUUCUGUUGGGUAUUUCUUGUGUCCUUCCAAUGACACUGUGAUUCAAGGUUGCAAUGAAAAUGAACCUUGUAUGUACAGAAAAUUUAGCUUCAGAGAGUACAGGCAACAAGUUCAAGAGGAUGUCAAGUCGACUGGCAGCAAAGUAGGGCUUUCCAGGUUUCUCAUGUGA